AAAAAACAAGCCGUAUAUUACGCUGGAUGAUGACAGUGCGUUUUGUUUGUGUAAAAAGAUUGUUCGUUAGGUAUCUGUCAUCGUUGACAUCUGUCAUUUUUUCUUAAGACGUAUUCUUUAGCCAUCAGCAUGUUGACAUUUCUUCAUUGAUUUAGAGGGAAGGGCGUUUCGACAAGUGAUAAUUGUCAUCAUAUCGUAUCAGAUUCUUUUCAAUGAAAUAGUGACAUGUAAAUGAACGAACGGUCAGUACAGUCAGUAGUGAGUAGUAAGAAAAUAUGGCUGGUGCUAUGCUUUUUGAAAGAGCCCAAUCUGUACCUUCUCAGCACGAGAAAUUGUUAAAAUUGGAUAGAGAUAAUGAAGAUGAAGAGCAAAGUAUUGUCAACAAAGAGCAAGAUAUUCUCAAUUUGGGUGAGAAGUAUAAAAAGGAGGGCAAGGCGAAAGAACUGGCCGAGCUCAUAAAGGCCACUAGGCCUUUUUUAAGUUUAAUAAGCAAAGCAAAAGCAGCUAAAUUGGUAAGAUCUUUAGUCGAUUACUUCUUGGAUUUGGAAGCUGGUAUUGGUAUUGAAGUACAACUAUGUAAAGAAUGUAUAGAAUGGGCGAAAGAAGAACGAAGAACUUUUCUACGUCAGUCUCUGGAGGCAAGACUCAUUGCUUUAUAUUUUGACACUGGAAUGUAUACAGAAGCACUACAAUUGGAAUCUACUCUACUUAAGGAAUUGAAGAAAUUGGAUGACAAAAAUUUGUUAGUAGAAGUUCAGUUACUUGAAAGCAAAACAUAUCACGCUUUGAGUAAUUUACCGAAAGCUAGAGCUGCUUUAACAUCAGCAAGAACAACAGCAAAUGCUAUUUAUUGCCCUCCCAAAAUGCAAGCUGCUUUAGAUUUACAAUCAGGUGUAUUACAUGCUGCCGAUGAGAAAGAUUUCAAAACAGCCUACUCAUAUUUCUACGAAGCCUUCGAAGGUUUUGAUAGUGUAGAAUCACCCAAAGCACUUACGGCUCUCAAAUAUAUGCUUCUAUCAAAAAUAAUGGUCAGCAGUCCCGAAGAUGUCCAACAUAUUGUUAGUGGUAAGCUGGCUUUCAAACAUGCCGGCGAGGAUAUAGAAGCAAUGAAAGCAGUCGCACAAGCAGCACACAAACGUUCUCUUGCAGAUUUCCAACAGGCCGUCAAGCAGUAUAAACACGAAUUAGAAGAUGAUGUUAUUGUUAGAGCACAUUUAGGAACUUUGUAUGACAAUAUGUUGGAACAGAACCUUUGCAGAAUUAUAGAACCAUAUUCCAGGGUGCAGGUCGAGUAUAUAGCUAAAGCGAUAAAGCUUCCAGUACUUCAAGUAGAGAAAAAGCUUUCCCAAAUGAUUUUAGAUGCAAAGUUUCAUGGAAUAUUGGAUCAGGGCGAAGGUGUCCUAAUAGUUUUUGAAGAGAGUGCAGUAGAUAAAACAUAUGAAAUGGCCCUAGAAACAAUCCAGAGUAUGAGCAAAGUAGUAGACACCCUCUAUCAAAAAGCGAAGAAAUUGUCAUAGGUAUAAUAUAGCAGAAACAAAAAAAAAAUGUUGUGAAAAUAAAUGACUGUAAAUUUUUUUCCAAACUAGUUUUUUCUCAAUAUCGAGUUUAUAUAAUAACAAUUAUUUAAUUCGCUUAUGUUAUAUUUGAAUUUAUUUUUGAAAAAAUGUCUAUAAUUGUCUUUUUCAAACUAACAAGGUUACCUUUUAUGGAAAUUUUGUUAAAUACACACACACAUAAAAAAAUUAUAUUUUAGGAUACUUAAAAAUGCUUUUUUAACUGGGUAAAAUUGUGUUUGAAAUUAAAAUUAUAAAAUAACGAUGCAA